AGAGGCUCGGAGGCCGGGGGGCGGGGGCGGCGCGGAGCGGGCGGUGACGGCGGCGGAGGCAGCGGCUGGGCCCGGGCCCCGUGCGUCUGUCCGCGCCCGGUGGAUGUGAAUCGGCGGCGGCGGCGGCGGAGGAGUCGGUGGGCCGGCGCCCGGCCUGUGGGAGCGCGGAGGAUGAGGCCGCUGCCGGGCGCUCCUGGCGUGGCGGCGGCCGCCGCGUUGUUGCUGCUGCUGCUGCCCCGGGCUCGGUCUGACGAGCACGAACACACGUAUCAAGAUAAAGAAGAAGUUGUUUUGUGGAUGAAUACUGUUGGGCCCUACCACAAUCGCCAAGAAACAUAUAAAUACUUUUCACUUCCAUUCUGUGUGGGGUCAAAAAAAAGUAUCAGUCAUUACCAUGAAACUUUGGGAGAAGCACUUCAAGGAGUUGAAUUAGAAUUUAGUGGCCUGGAUAUUAAAUUUAAAGAUGAUGUGAUGCCAGGGACUUACUGUGAAAUUGACUUAGAUAAAGAGAAGAGAGAUGCAUUUGUGUAUGCUAUCAAGAAUCACUAUUGGUAUCAGAUGUACAUAGAUGACUUACCAAUAUGGGGUAUUGUUGGUGAAGCAGAUGAAAAUGGGGAAGAUUACUAUCUUUGGACCUACAAGAAACUUGAAAUAGGCUUUAAUGGAAAUCGAAUUGUUGAUGUUAAUCUAACUAGUGAAGGAAAGGUCAAACUGGUUCCAAAUACUAAAAUACAGAUGUCAUAUUCGGUAAAAUGGAAAAAAUCAGAUGUAAAAUUUGAAGAUCGAUUCGAUAAAUAUCUUGAUCCAUCCUUUUUUCAACAUAGGAUUCACUGGUUUUCAAUUUUUAAUUCCUUCAUGAUGGUGAUCUUCUUAGUGGGAUUAGUUUCAAUGAUUUUAAUGAGAACUUUAAGGAAAGAUUAUGCCCGAUAUAGUAAAGAAGAAGAAAUGGAUGACAUGGACAGAGACCUAGGAGACGAGUAUGGCUGGAAGCAGGUGCAUGGAGAUGUGUUCAGACCGUCAAGUCACCCUCUGAUAUUCUCCUCCCUCAUUGGCUCUGGAUGUCAGAUAUUUGCUGUGUCUCUCAUUGUUAUUAUUGUUGCCAUGAUAGAGGAUUUAUAUACAGAGAGGGGAUCGAUGCUCAGCACAGCCAUAUUUGUCUAUGCUGCUACGUCUCCAGUGAACGGGUACUUUGGAGGAAGUCUGUAUGCUAGACAAGGAGGAAGGAGAUGGAUAAAGCAGAUGUUUAUUGGGGCAUUCCUUAUCCCAGCUAUGGUGUGUGGCACUGCAUUCUUCAUCAACUUUAUAGCCAUUUAUUACCAUGCCUCUAGAGCCAUUCCUUUUGGAACAAUGGUGGCCGUUUGUUGCAUCUGUUUCUUUGUUAUCCUUCCUCUAAAUCUCGUGGGUACAAUACUGGGUCGAAAUCUGUCGGGUCAGCCCAACUUCCCUUGUCGUGUCAAUGCUGUGCCUCGUCCCAUCCCGGAGAAAAAAUGGUUUAUGGAGCCUGCAGUUAUUGUUUGCCUGGGAGGAAUUUUACCUUUUGGAUCAAUCUUUAUUGAAAUGUACUUCAUCUUCACCUCCUUCUGGGCAUAUAAGAUCUACUAUGUCUAUGGCUUCAUGAUGCUGGUGCUGGUCAUCCUGUGCAUUGUGACUGUCUGUGUGACCAUUGUUUGCACAUACUUCCUGCUAAAUGCAGAGGAUUACAGGUGGCAGUGGACGAGUUUCCUGUCGGCAGCGUCGACCGCGAUCUACGUUUACAUGUACUCCUUUUACUACUACUUCUUCAAAACAAAGAUGUAUGGCUUAUUUCAAACAUCAUUUUACUUUGGAUAUAUGGCGGUAUUUAGCACAGCCUUGGGGAUAAUGUGUGGAGCAAUCGGUUACAUGGGAACAAGUGCCUUUGUUCGAAAAAUCUAUACUAAUGUGAAAAUUGACUAGAUAUCUGAGACAACAUGGAACUUCGGAUCAGUUUCUCUUUCAUGAGGGUGAAACUUGCACAGAAAAGAAGAAUAAUUGCAAGAAGAGAUUUGGGCUUAACACUGGGUACUUUGUGGGUCUCUUGUGGAUGGCUUCAAGUAACAUCUAUUUCCAUUGAUCCUAGGUUCUUACUGACUGCUUUCUCCAGCUGUUCACAGCAGAUGUUUGGAUUUUAUGCAGUAGGCUUUACUACAGUACAUGGCUAAUCUUCCCCAAACUAGCUCAUUAAAGAUGAUAUAGACCAGCUCUCUUCAGUGAAGAGGACAAAUAGUUUAUUUAAAGCAUUUGUUCCAAUAAAAUAACUAGAGGGAAACUUGGAUGCUAAAAUUCCAUAAGUAGAAAUCUUCCUGGCACUUGGUGUUUCUAUGUUAUUGAAAAAUGAUGUUCCAGAAAGAUUACCUUUUCUUUUAUUUUUACUGCCAUUGUUGAUGUGUUGUGGGACAUUUUUAUAUAUUGAACCUGGGUUCUUUUUUGACCUGUUUUGAUCGUCCCUUCAUUCAACUACAUCUUUUUUUUUUUUAAACAAAAUUAAAAACUAUUAAAUUCUGCAUGGAAUAUAUCUGCUGUCAUCUUAAUCUUAGUUGGAUCAACCUCAUUUAUUUAUCUUAAAAUUAACCAGCUUUCUCAAUUCCAUCCAAAGAAGAUACAGUAUGAAAAUAGAGGGGUGUACUCUCUAUAAUACAAUUUACUGUACAGUUAGCAAGCAAAGUGUUAAAUGGAGAAGAUGCUUGUUUUUAUUAAACAUUUGGAGAUUUAGAUAAUUUACAUUUUAACUGAAUGUCUAAAGUGAUUAUCUUCCCCUCCCUCCCCCCAAGUUAAUCUUACAUCUUUUUUGGGGGGUUUCAAUGAAGGCUUUACAUAAGAAAUUAUUAAAAAAAAAAAAACAAGGGGGGCAAUAAAUGUAUAUAACAUUAAUAAUGUCAUGUAGGUGUAGGUUCCUGGAUGCAUUUGGAUGUACAGAUUGACUGGAAGACUGUAUUGGGAUGAUGAUUGGUGUAGAAACGUAUGGGUUUGGGUGGCCUUUUACAUCUUGCCUACCAUUGCAUGAAACAUUGGGGUCUCUUCAAAAUGUGUGUGUCAUACUUCUUUUGGGAGGGGUUGUUUUCUUUUAUGAAACUCCUACUGGAGCUAAAUUUGUAAUUUAGAAACAUUUAAUUUUGUUAAUCCUGUCUGGGACAUUUAAGUAACAUCUAAAGCAUUAUUGCUUUAGAAUGUUCAAAUAAAAUUUCCUGACCAAA